AUGGUCCCAAAACUUGGUUCAAAGCCCAACACCCGUGCCCGGGUCCUAAGGGCACCAACCAAGGUCAGCGAACUAGAUGUCACUCCCAGUUCGGAGUCGUCGCUCUCAUUAAGCAUUAAGCCCUCAUUUCGGAAAGGAUACGGCAACGAUCGAGUUAUUCGAGUUCAGAUUCGCCGAGAGCAGAAUAUCCAAAAGGUUAAGAUGGGCAGCACCCAUCAAGAUGACCCGUCGUGCCGUCUUUUGGACAACAGAAUUAUGGUGCUGGAUAACUUUCCUCUGAGCGCGAGGGUAGCUCAGAUGGGCAGCAUUCAUCAAGAUGGCCCAUUCUUGUGGGAUACAGAGACUCUUUGGAAAGGGAUUUGUUCUGACGGAACGUUGUACUCGGCCGUUGCUGAAGAGGCCGUCGAAUCGCACACGUCAACCAAGAACAAACUACUCGAGGCUCAACAAGAGAUCAAUCCAAAAUUUUCCGACUUCGAGACGCUCACAUCUUUCAUUCCAUCUGCCGCAGACGACAUAUUUGCGAACAUGUCGUACCCAUGA